ACCGAUUGAAACUACCAAAACAAACAUGGCGUGGAGAGGCUGCAUCGUGAAAUGUACCCGGACAAAUCUAAUUCCCCCGAAAAACAUGGCUUUGCGAGCUUCCAGGCUCGACCUCUACUGCCAAGUGAGGCGUGGAUUUCGUCGUGACGCUAAGGCUAAAAGGCCAGAAUCAAAGAGAGGCAACGUCAGCCAAGAAACACGCACCAACGCUAGACCCCCAGGAAGCUCCCAGACAGGACCGCCACCUCGCCCUCAUUUCCCUCAGCCGAAGCUACUCAAGCCCCUGAUCUUCACAGUGGGGUUUACAGGCUGCUCUUUCGGUGCCGCAGCCAUCCUGCAGUACGAGAACAUAAAGUCAAGAGUCAGAACUUUAAGGGACCAAGCGGAGUCGGAAAAACUCCUGCAGAGCUCUGGAGACAUGGCGUACUGGCACGACUGGUGGAACCGGCUGACGGGUUUCCAACGCCAGCUCAUCCUCCUCAUGUCCGUAGCGGACAACUUCUGGGGCGGCCUCACUGAAGGCCAAAGGACCGUCACUGGUAUUAUCCUGGCAAAUGCCGUGGUGCUGUGCUGCUGGAAGAUCCCCUCGCUGCAAAGGGGCUUGUUCAAGUAUUUCACAUCCAACCCAGCCUCGACGAGUCAGUACCUUCCCCUGGUCCUGUCCUCCUUCAGUCACUACUCCAUCAUCCACAUGGUGGCCAACAUGUAUGUCCUGUGGACAUUUUCCUCAGAGGUGGUCUCGUUCUUGGGGAGGGAGCAAUUCCUCGCCGUCUACAUGUCUGCCGGUGUUAUUUCCACAAUGGUCAGCUACAUAAUUAAAAGGACCUCUGGACGCAUCUUUCCUUCAUUGGGAGCAUCAGGUGCAAUCAUGGCGGUGGUGGCUGGGGUCUGUGUCAAAGUCCCAGAAGCCAAACUGGGCGUCAUUUUCCUGCCGAUGUUCACCUUCACGGCAGCGACUGCUCUGAAAGCUCUUGUUGCCGUGGAUAUGGCGGGCUUGCUGUUGGGAUGGAAGAUGAUUGACCACGCGUCUCACAUCGGCGGAGCUCUCUUUGGCAUUUGGUACAUGGCAUUCGGUCACAAAUUGAUCUGGGACAAGAGGGAGUGUGUGGUGACGAUGUGGCGCAGCAUUUGCGCUCCUGGCGGCGGCGGAUCGAGUUCUGGAGGCGGGCCCGGGGUGGACGACGACGGGGGGCCACACAGGCCCAACUGACACUCGUCAAAAAAAGCUGUCACUCCCGGUCAGCCAUCGUCCGCUCAGGAAAUGCAAGCACACUUUAAUCUACAGAGAUGGAGCUAAAUGGUGUUUCUAAACGUUACUUUGCAUCCAGUGCACUGUUAUUUUACAUCCAUGUGGUCAAAGUCGAAAUGUUACCCAUCUGCUUUGCACAUCAUUAUUCGUGUGUGGUAUUUAUUUUGGUGGCAAAUAGUGCUCAUUUUUAUCCUUAUUCCAUCUAUCUGUUUUCUGUAGCGCUUGUCCUCACAAGGGUGCGCUGGAACUUCUAUCUCAGCUGACUUUGGGUGAGCAGCCAAUUGCAGGGCACAAAAAAGACAACCAACCACAUUCUCACCUAGACACAAUUAAAAAGUCUUCAGUGAGCCCAAUCUAUUUGGAAUGUAGAAAGAAGCAUGGUGGGAGAGAUCCAAGAUUUGAACCCAGAACGUCUCGUGACUGUGAGGCUGACGUGGUAAACGCUACUGUGCCACGCUGGCCCUCAAGUUAGUUCAUAUAAAAAAAAAAAAGCAGUGGGAUUAAAUAUGAUGCAAUUCUAAUACAGUCCUAAUUCAUUAACUCGCAUGAAACAUGACCUGUACAAUGUUUUUCAUUCUUGUCACAAUGGUCACCAUUGUAUAAUAAAAGGAAAACUACUGGUGCUUGCGUGUGUGUUCCAGUUACUGAUGUACAGUGUUCUCAAAAUAAUAUUUUUUUUGCACUCACUUUCAUGUUAAUGAUCAAACUAUUGUACAAAACAUAUAAACUAGUUUUUAAAUGUCAAUUAACUAUGAGGGGGGACUAUUCAAAGCUACCUGGCCUUGUGUGAAAAAGUAAUUGCCCCUUAAAACUUCAUAACUGGUUGGCCCACCCUCAGCAACAACUGAAUCAAGGUUUUUUGUUUUAUAACUGGCAAUGAGUCACAUCUCGGAGAUAUUUUGGCCCACUCUUCCUGGCAGAAUUGUUUUAAUUCAACACGAGGGUUUUUGAGUAACGGCCUUUUUGAGGUUUAUGACACAGCAUUUCAAUUGGAUUCAAGUCCAGACAGACUAGGCCACUCCAGGCUCUAGCACGCCCGCGACCCGAGUGAGGAGAAGCAGCUCAGAAAAUGGAUGGAUGGAGGAUGUUUUACAUCUUGCGCAUUGUCCAAACAAAAUGGAUUUUAAAACGUUAAAAACCUGUGAGGAGAAGCAGUUCAGAAAAUGGAUGGAUGGAUGAACAAUAAUCAUGGAAUAAUUCUCUCUGUGAAAAUAAUCUAUGUAAGUUUCACUUUUUGCAUUGAACUACUUAAAAUUAGUUUUCCUACUGUAUAUAGAAUUUUGGUUCCAGGUCUUGUAUUGGAUCUCGUUCAUUCUACACAGCCCUGUUCAGGUUUUGGUGUUUAACAAAAAAAAUAAUAAUGAAUCCGUUCAAAACUUUUUCCACCCUUAAUGUGACCUGUACCUUGUACAACUCAAUUGUAAAACAUUUUUUAACAAAAAUUAACUGAAAUAAUGUGGUUGCACAAGUGUGCACACCCUCUUAUAACUGGGAUUCAGUUGUGUAUUCAGAAUUAACCUACCACAUUCUCACAAUUCAUGUUAAAUGAGAGUUAGCACUGACCCACUACAAUUAUACAAAAAUGAGACCAAGAUAAAUCAUUUCAAAACAUUUUGAACUUUUCAUAACUCCCUCGACAUUGACUUGGGACCCAGUUCUAGCUGAAAAAGAAACAACGCCGAAGCAUGAUUCUGUCACCAUGCUUCACUGUUAUGGAUGGUGUUCUUUUGGGAGAGAAAAAAGUUAGGAAAAGCCUACUAGAACAGCUUGACUUUAUUAGGGGUUAAUCAGACUGCCUAUCAGAGGCACUUUAAGAGGAGGCAGGCGUGUGCAAUGCUGACCUCCAUUUAACAUUUGGUUAAUUCUGAACACAGCCACAUCCCAGUUAAGCGAAGAUGCGCACACUAGUGGAACUACUUUAUUUCAGUAGAUAAUUUUGACUUCCCUUCUUGAAAAAAUUGAAAAGAUUUCAAUUGAGUUGCAGAGGUUAGAGGUCACAUUAAAUGUUGAAAGGUUGUGAAUGAUUUCUCUUGGUCUCAUUUUUAUUUUUUUAAUAUCACAAGAGCCUGGCAUGGUGUGUAGACUUUUUGUAUCCACUGUAAGACACAAGCUGUUCAGCCAUGAUUGCAAAGACAUUGUUCAACAAAAUAUACAUUUAUGCUUAAAUGGCGUUGACAAAAUGUAGUGAAGUUCCAUUACUGGAUUUGUAAUAAAGUGAGACCAACACUCAAGAGUUAGCA